CUUGCGAACUGGACGGUGAUACGCCUUCGUCAGGUUUACCAGUGUUACCCUAGAGUCAACAUGCAAGAUUGCGGCCACCCAAAAUAAGUAGUACGUCAAAUGAAGUGACUGCAGGUUUUUGUGAAAAUGGGUGCAGCACGACCGUGUUUCUAAUCUCCGAGAAGACUUGGGUACUAAUACAUGCCAAACUUGAGCAGCUUGCCAACAUCCCCCGAAAGUUCUUGUGCAGAGCUGAUACCUCCCAUUAAAGGUGACACAUGAAUUUAAUCAUGAUCUCUAGGCAAAGUAUUCAUGCAUUUCUGGAUAGCUGUAGCGAAUGCGCUUAACGAUAUGUGGUCUGAUAUAAAAUACAUCUGCUGUGCGUGGCUCCGCCGCGACAAAGUUCGUCUAGCUUCCCUUCGAGCUAAGUCUCAGAAACGAAGCUAUCAAUUGGACAUUGCGCAUUGA